UGAAUGAAAAAUAGAAUAACUAUGUACAUUGUAAAUGGAUUAUAUGUCGAAAAAACAUUUAAUACAAUUAAAAAACGUAUUGUAAGGGACAUUGUGGUCAUUUUAUUUUAAAACAACGUUGACCGGCGUACACAUGAAAACAUUUCCCCAAAGGAAGUUUGUUGUGGUAACGGCUGUAUGUAUUUAUCUGAUUGGUUCCCUAGUGUUCUGAGAGAUGUAUAUAAAUCAUGCUCUGUGAGGCUUAGACACGCUGCCGCGCCCAGAUUCCAUGCUGAGCUGGAAUAAGUGUGUGUGUGUGUCUGUGUAUGUUAAUAAUGACUGAUAUAAUCAAUAAGUUGGAGCAGCAGCUAUGCUACCCGGGCUCCAAUACCUCGUGCCCUAGGGCCGAGUUCCAUCUGGGGGCCCAGGUCGCUCUAUACACGCUGUUUGUGAUGGGCAUGCUGGUCACGGUGGUUGGAAACGCUGUGGUCAUCGUGUCCAUAGCUCACUUCAAGCAGCUGCACAGCCCCACCAACGUGCUGGUGCUCUCCUUGGCUCUGGCCGACCUGCUGCUGGGGGUGACCGUGAUGCCGUUAAGCACAGUGCGCGCCGUCCAGGGAUGCUGGUUCUACGGCGACACCUUCUGCCUUCUCCACUCCGCCUUCGACAUGUUUCUCACCUCCGUCUCCAUCUUCCACCUCAUCUGCAUCGCGGUCGACCGCCACGAGGCCGUGUGCAAGCCCCUGCACUACUCCCGCAACAUCACCAUGACUGUGGCCUGGCUCAUGGUGUCUGCCAGCUGGGCCCUGGCCGCCCUCUACUCCUACUGCCUGAUGUACUCCAAGGCAAACAUCCGAGGUCUGGAAGAUUAUCUGGCAUCCAUAUACUGCCUGGGCAGCUGUAACCUGCUGUUUAACAAGCUGUGGGGGACACUGGACACUAUCAUUGCAUUCUUCUUCCCAUGCACCGUCAUGGUGGGCUUGUACGCAAAGAUCUUCCUCGUGGCCAGAGAGCACGCGAGGAAGAUUGACGACAUGGGGGGUCACGGCGGGACGUUGAAUGUUAAAGGCGCAGGCGGGCAGACCAAGCGUUCAGAGCACAAAGCGGCCAAGACUCUGGGUAUUGUGGUCGGAGCGUUUAUCUUUUGCUGGAUGCCGUUCUUCCUGAACUCGAUCGCCGAUGCCUACACAGGUUUCAGCACGCCUGCGGCCGUCUUCGAGGUGUUUGUUUGGCUGGGUUACUUCAACUCAACCCUAAACCCUGUAAUUUAUGCCCUCAAUUAUCCCUGGUUCAGGAAAACCUCUCGUCUUAUUUUCACCCUGAAAAUAUUCACCAGUGGCUCCUCGUCCAUGAAUGUGACUGUGAAUUGAAUGUUACGGUUUUGUUAAUCUGUCCGCUGAAGUAUUCAUUGUGUAUUUAUCAUUAUUUCCUUUUAUUACCCAUGUAUAUUGCUUGGUUCAGGUUCUUCCGGUGCAAUGCUUGUCAACCAGUAUAUCUAUUAACAAUUGUAAUGUAUUUAUGAAAAUUUCUGCUCCUACUAGUUAAUCGAACCAAGGCCAUAUGCCUGCAUGCUGUAUAUUUUCUAUUUUGUAUAUAUUUUUCUUUCUUUUUGUAAUACUAGGUCAUGUAUUCAUUAAUGUAUAUCUGUUAAAAAAAAAACAUUGUUGCUGCAAUAUUGCUUGUAGAUCCAGAGAAUUUACUUACCUGCUGUUUAUGUUCAAUGUGCAAGGAUGCCUUUCAGCCAUCCCCGAGAGAAAAGUCACAUUUGGCGUCUCUUCCCUUUGGUGGGACUGAAAUAUUUUUGUCCGUUCUUAGGAAGGGACUGCUUCUAUUCAUUCCGAUAUUAUAUUCAACACAUCGAUUAUUCCCUAUAACCCUUACUAUUAGAUAAGAUAAGUUAAAUAUAUGUCCAUAUUUUCUCAAGGGAACUGCUAUUUAAAUAACACUUUUGUCAUGAGGCAAAGAUUCAGAGCAAGUGUCGGGAGAAUGGAAAUAAAUACAUUUUGCAGAUGUUAAACAUUUUCGGAAUAAACAAGUGAAACACUGAGAAAUAAAAAAAAAAAAUUCAUGAAAAUAAUCUUUCAUUUGCAUUGCACAACGACAUUAUAAAGAUUUCCCAUUAUAUUAAAGAAAAGCUAGAGUGUAGACAUUAUAAUGCUUGAUAUAAAAAUGGUUUCAGUUCGGAAUACACUUUCAAUAACAGUUUUUAACAAUCAACUACAUACAUUGACCACAAAUUAUUACAAAAACAUGUUAAAUACAUAGCAAAAAAGAUGAUACAAUGACAUCACAGCCAGCUUGGAUGGUAGACGAAAGGCUCUUUCACAUUUUAAGUGUGUCACACAAUGAUAUAAGUUUCUUAUGCCUGUAACUGGAUUCACUGUAUGCUUUACAUAAACUUUAGGUUUAGGUUGAGAAAGCGAUUAUAUAUGUAUAUGGAAAUAGGUAGGUUUGUGAGUUAAGUUUUGGCAAUGUUUUUGUUUGGUUAAAAUCUAA